GGUGUUGGUGGUGGUGGUGGGGGGAGGUGAGUGUAGGGCAGCCAUCGGUCAGAGAGCUCCUCUGGCUGAGUGUGGUGCUCCUCUCAUUCCAGGAUAAAGCAUUCUUCUUCUUCCUCAUCGGCUCUCUCUCCCACUCUCUCUCUCUGGAUCAUUGUCUCCAUACCGGGGAAACGAGCAAGCCUAUGGUGGCAGCUGGUUCUGAGGAGUAGUGACACUGGGGACUCUCCUGUGCUGCACACGUGUUCCUAUUGGACAGUGAGAGAGAGUUACCGCCACCACCACCACCACCACCAACAGCCAGCUUUCAUCAGCUGACCUGAGUUCAGGUGGAUACGGCAGCGUGGACAAGAAGCAGACACAAUGAAAGAAAACUACGGUGGCUAUGAGAACCAACUCUUUAAAGAGGAGGAUCUCACUGGAGAAGAAGAGGAGAUGCCUCCAUUUCGAGGUCGUGGCCGGGGCGGAUGUGUUAAGUGCCAGCAGACACAUUCCCUCCAGUUGGCGGUCAAAGUUCUGUACGGAAUUAUUGCACUCCUCAUCAUCGCCGUGGCGAUUUUAGCCUCUCUGGCUUUCCGUAAGGUUGCAAGUCUGUCAGAGGAGGAGUCCAUCUACCACAAGAAGAUUGCCAAGGCCCAGCAGGGAAUUGACGAUCUGGGCUCUGCUCCCAACUGCUCAGGCUGCCUGGACGUUGGGUCCAACGAGGAGAUCAACCGCAUGAAGCGGGAGUUUGAGCAGUUCCAGCAAACUCUCAUUGAACAGAAUAAGAUAAUGGAGCAGGCAUUCCAGACGCAAACCACCAUGAAGAAAGCCAGCAGCCGACUGACCAAUGACAUGCGGGACCACACCAUAUCGGUGAGAAUCCUCAACCAAACGCUCGAGAGAUACGUGGAGCAGCUGCACGGCUGGAAGGACGUGAUCGAGGAGACGGACGACCGGAUGAAAUCGCUGACCCAGGACCAGUACGACCUCAAAGCCACCGUGCAGCAGGUCAACACCACCGUGGGACACAGCACCUUGUGGAUGGACACCCUCCAGAGACGGGCUGACGAGGAGACGCUGAUCCUCCAGAAGGUCAACACGGACUGGCAGAACUACAGCCGCUCCCUGACCAUCCUUAAGUCCAACGCCAGCGCCACCACGCAGACGGUGCGCAGCAUCCAGAGCGGCGUGGUGGCCACGCACCAGAAGAUCAGCAUGUCCUCUGAGAUGGUGCACGACCUCACUCUGCAGGUCAUGAACCUGCAGAUGCAGCUGGACAAUGUGACCUCCUUCAUGGAUGAACACGAGGAAAACAUGCAUGACCUCCAGUACCAUUCCAGAUACUACGAGAACCGCACAGGCGAGCGCUUCUCCACGCUGGACGGACGCCUUAACUCCAUCGAUAUGGAGAUCGACACCAUCUCCUCCAGCAUCAACGCCACAGUCAGCCACGUCCAGAGCAUGUACAAGUACAUCAACAUCGAGAGCUCCUCUUGCCAGAGCCGCCUCAGAAGCCACUCGGAAGAUCUGCAGAACUUGAAUGAUACGGUGCUGCUGCUGCUGGACUUUGCGGAGACGCUGAGGGAACAGAACAUGUUGCUGAGGGUGCGUGUGUUCAUGGACGUGAGGAACCUCACCAUGGUGAUGGAGGAGAUGAAGUUGGUGGACACGCACCACACACAGAUCAUCAAGAACAUCACCAUACUCAAAGGACCUCAGGGGCCACCAGGGAGCAAGGGGAACCGUGGAGAGACGGGGCUCAAAGGUCUGACAGGGCGGAUGGGACUCAAGGGUGAUCCGGGGCCCAUAGGAGGCCGCGGGGGCCUCGGAGAGAAGGGCUCGGUGGGUCCCAGGGGAGGCCAGGGUGAACCGGGUCCAAGCGGUUUGAAAGGUGUGCCGGGAUUAAAAGGCAUCAAGGGCUCCUUUGGUCAGGCAGGAAUCCGUGGCGACAAGGGAGCUCAGGGUGACGUGGGGAUCCCCGGGAAAGAUGGUUUGCCUGGCCUCAACGGGCCCUCAGGUAUCCAGGGGGAGGUAGGUCUUCCUGGGAUUCACGGCAUUCCUGGGCCCAGAGGAAUACCAGGAUACCCAGGAACAGUUGGAAACCCGGGUACACCAUGUGCCGUUAAAGAACUCACCAAGAGGAGCACGGGACGGGCCGAAUCCAAAAGACAUUAGGUACACGGUGUUCAACAGAAUAGAGAGAAAGACAAAGAACCUGAGUGAACGAGUAAGAGAACACAGAUCCACGGUUGUGUUGAAGAACAUCUUGUUGGAACUUUGUGACGAGACAAUCAUUUUACGGAUGUUGGCCAUUUGGAAAUCUGAGGUGUCUUCCAGUGUCUGCGAAGGACCGGGGCUUGGAGAAGUGUUUUGGAUACAGACAGUGAAAGCCUCAAGAUGAUAGUUUCUCUUCCAUAUUCAUCCGUUAAUCUUUUGAGGAUUCCAAAGGCAAGACAAACAGAGAGCAGACGUGUAACCUAAGAAAUCUCAGUUUCUGCCGCAUCUAGAGUGACUGGUUGUCUGACUUUGUAGGUUCAGGCUUCCUCUUGCAGGGAAAGACUUGUAAACUCACGAGGUUGAGCAUGGAAGUAAGGGAUCAUAUUCAAAAUUCAAUGCAGCUUUUCCCAUAAAUGUCAGGACCCAAGCUGUGUAGAACAAGGUAAGGACAACAACGAAAGAGGAAGGAAGUAGAGGGUCACUUCAAUAUCGGGUGGACUACAAGAUGGAUUACUAUAAAUUCAGUUUUUGUCAUAGAAUCUAAAUCAUUGUUCUUAUCAAAACAAAGCUUUAUAUUAUAGCAUUAGCCGUCAUCAGCCAGAAAGACGAUAUUCUACAGCCUUUAUUCACAUUGUUUUUAUGCAAAUUAUUUUACUUCCAAAAUGUAUCAUCCCAAGUGAAACAACAGAAUUGUGUUUUAUAGAGUUGUAAUUGUACCUGUGCAAUGAUAGCCUAUUACCACAGGGGCAAAAGGUUGUUUUAACACAGAUGUAUAUACAUACAUUUUUGGGGGACAAUGGCACUUUACUGGUGUUUGAAUCAUUCAAUAAUUUCUUCUUGAUAAAUAACUUCAGAGCGGGCACUCUGAAUUCGCACUAGGUCCAAAGUAUUGGAAUUUUACACUGCCUAGAUGUCUUUUGGUGAUACCAAUUUGAUUAAUACUGAAAGUGACGCUUUGUGCUGUUGGACAAAAUAAAUGUACGAAUAGUUCUUGCUCUGUUGCAAACGGUGGUAGGAGUAUGACAAAGACGAGAAAAGUGCAUACCGUUAUCUAAGAUGACAUGAUAGUUUUUUGUUUUCCCUAAUUAGAAGGUACAUUAGCAUUUCUUACUCAUGAUGAAAGUAUAUGGAUCCCAGUAAAAAAAUAAGGAUUGUAAUCAUGAAAUGCGACUGGUUUGCGUGGAACACAAUAAAUACAUUUAACAUGGUC